CGUCGGUCUUGACUAAAGCGCGCGCACUGUCCCCGCUCGAGUCUGAAAGGAGGUUCAGGUGUGCUCAGCUCUUCCGACAAGACACCGGAACGUAUCCGGAAGGCGGCAAGACUCUCUCUCUCACCUGUUACAUCGGAGUGGAAUAACACACGAAGAGGAACGAGCUCCCCCGCUGCGGAGGAAUUGCACGGAGGAACGUUGCAACGCCACGACGGCGUAACAGAUUUUCUAGUUUAUCUCCAGGACGAAUCUUUCUCGUAAAACGCGGGCCAUCGGUUUAAGGCUGUUCUCGAGAUGCGGUGAUGGCUUUGUUGUAUAGGUUCGCGCAGCUGCACGAUCGCAGUGGCACGCGGGUGUUCUCCUUCGUCGUCACUAGGACCGUCGUGCGCGAUCCUGAGAGGGACGUCACCAGCAAGGAACUAGUAUGCGGUUUUCAGAGAUGGGCCGUUGCUUUCUCGCGCGGCGAAAAGAAAAUACGAUUAUCCGAUGCUUAUCCUUCCAAGGUCCUCGGUGUCUAUCUAGUAUGGCGCGGCGCGUCAAGAAACCUCCGCGUCUACGUGGACUUUACGUUCACGCUUUUAAAUCGGGAGCACUUCUCCAUGAACGAAAGCUUUUCCGGCAAGCGCGUCAAGUUCACUUACGAAGCUCCCGCUCAGGGUAACCGCAACUACAUCGCCGUUGCGGAUCUGUACAGUCGUAAUUUCGCCGAUCCGAACGGCGAGUUUCAGCUUGAGCUGUCCAUGGCGAAUGUGCGGACAGUCUACAUGACCGAGGUCAGAAUGCCGACGUCGGUGCUCGGUCAGCCGAAACCGAGCAAACUCGAAACCGACUACUUCGCGUUCGGUGGAUUCGACUGGAAUCUGGUCAUCUAUCCGCACGGAGAGGGAAAGGAUAACACGGACGGAUCCCGCGGUCAGGACAGUCGCGUGAGCGUCUAUCUGAUAAGACUGUCGGGUUUCGAUCACCGUUGCAGAGUGAGGUACAUUCUGGCUCUGGGCGAGGGCGAUCGGCGUAUCGACUCGGGACAGAUCGAGGACAUCUCCGACUCGGAAGGUUGCGGCUUCGGCUGGCACACGAAGUUCAGAUGGUCCGAGAUCGCGCACAAGGGAACGCUCCGGGUGUCGUUGGAGAUGCUCGAGGCGAGAACUAUUUGCGAAGUCGCGGUACAAGCGUUAGGCCCGACGGUUUUGCCAGCCGCGCCUUGCUACGAUCGCGACAAACAGGCCUGGACAAUUCGCGCCGAUCUCAACUCCGACACGGUCAGACUUCAUUUGGUGUACAAAGACAUUCAUAACGUGCCGAGGAAUCAUUUGAGGUACGUAAGUUGGUCGGCUUAUCUGCUGAAGCGCGAGGGACCAAACGUCGUGGCGAUUGGACUGCCCGGCGAACCGUUCAGCCGCUACUACGUUCAGGAAUCCGUCGACGAGGGUAUCAUCAUGGAGACUAACGUAGACAUGAACGACGUGAAGGAAAAUCAUUGUCCAUAUCUCACGGAUAAAGGUCAACUGCUUAUCCGGUUGGAGUGGAACGAGAGUCACUUGCUCUUCCAGGCGACUUAUCACAAGUACGACGACGUGUGUCGCGUUCACAAUCAGCAGAUGCGACGCGAGAUCAUGUCGCUGCAGGCGGAAAACUACGGUCUCGAACGGCAGUUGUUCAGCUAUCAGAAGAGUCUUGCGUACGCGCAGGCCCAGCAGCAGCAGCAACAACAACAUCCAAAUCAGCAACAUCACUCGGUGGGACAUCAAGGUCAUUUAGAGCGAUCGGCGUCCAGCGAGACUGAAUACGCCUGACAAGUGGAACGCGAGUUACCGG